AUGAGCAUAUGGGGGCUCUUCUAUGCUCAGCAGGGAUGGAUUGGAAUUGGAGAAAAACUCGUCAAUGGCCAAAUUCAAGUCUCAGGAGAUCAGUGGCCGAUAAUGCUGUAUGCUAAAUACCAGUACAACCUGGAUGAUCCUUGGGAAGAUUUAUUGAGAAGCAGUCUUCUUAUAAAUGUGUUUGAGCAUAUUUUUACAUCGCCCAGCUCUGUCAAUCAAGAGCCGAAGGCUACACGCUCUUGUAAUGCCCGUAUACAUGGCAUGCUUGCUGUAACAAGAGCCUCCAUUGCCUACAUGGCUACACAAGUUCAUUUUGCACUAACUUCAGCACAGGUGUUUUUACGGACAGAUCUUACCACUGAUUCCAAGUGUUUCUACAACAGCAUCCUGAUUUUGUUGGAUGAUCCAGAGGAGUGUGAUGAAGUCGAGUCUUUGAUGAAUUGGUGGAAUCAGUCAGCAUUUCCUGAUGACAGAAUGACUUUCCACUGGGUUUAA